GUUAAGCGCGGUUUGUCAGUCGAGUCGGUAGAGUCGAUACCGUCACCGUCACCGUCAUCGUCAUCAUUAUUGUUGCUGUAGCACAACUCGACUGUUCGUUCCACAGCCAUGUCGAAGUAUACGAAACUGGCCCGCGGGAUCUGCGAUCUACUGAUCUGGGCCGCUCUCAGUGUGGGCAGCCUGCUGCUACACAAGUGGGGAAAGCCUUUUAAGCGCGGCUUCUUCUGCGGGGAUGAGUCACUGGCCUAUCCCUACCGCGAGAGCAGCUUCGAGCACCAGCUAGUACUGGCUAUUGCCUUCGGGGUGCCCACCUCGGUGAUCGUGGUGGUGGAGCUGUUCAAGCAGCUGCCGGGUGGCGCCCAGCGCGAGAACUCGGGCAAGCGGGACGGCUGCCGGCUGGGACACCGAGUCGGACAGCUCUACAAGCAGGUCAUCUUCUAUCUCUUCGGACUGGCCAUGGUCGCGUUCACCACGAUGCUCUCCAAGGUGUGCAUUGGCCGACUGCGUCCACACUUUUACGCCGUGUGCCAGCCGAUGCUGCCGGACGGGAGCACCUGCCAGGACGCCCAGAAUCAGGGACGCUACAUCGACAGCUACACCUGCAGCAAUGCCAACAUGACGGACUUCAACUUCCGGCAGCUGAACCAGUCCUUCCCCAGCGGCCACGCCAGCAUCAUCAUGUUCGCGAUGCUCUACCUGGCCAUUUACUUGCAAGCGGCGUUGAGCACGCGCGUCUCCAAGCUGCUGAAGCACCUGCUCCAAUUCCUGUUCGUCAUGUUCGGCUGGUACGUCUCGCUCACCCGCAUCACCGACUACCACCACCACUGGAGCGAUGUUCUGGCCGGGGCCGUCAUGGGCGUCUUGCUCGCCUGCCUCACGGGCGCAUAUGUGGCCGACCUGUUCGCCUUCAAGCGCUGGCCUAAGAACGGCUACUCGGCCAACACGCUGCGCAAGCCCCAAGUAUCGCCCAAGAGCUCCACCAAGUCCCAGGCAGGCACUGCACAGGCCACGACAGCCUCCAGUGGCGGCCAGCCGCCUGCGCUGCCAGCCUACACCUUCGGGACGCUGCCCUACCUGGCGGCGCAUCCGGCUCAGGCGCAGUACGCACAAACCUAUCACAACUACGGAUAUGUUCCCUGAGUUAA